AUGGUAGGAUUGGAGAAGGCUGAAAGUGAAGUCUUGGUGCUAAAGAAACAACCGGAGGCUGCAACACAAAGGAACUCGACACUAGAAGAUCGAAUCGGUCAUCUUGAUGGAGCACUUAAGGAAUGUGUGAGGCAGCUCGGACAGGUGAGGGAAGAGCAAGAUCAGAAGAUCCAAGAAGCCGUGGUCAAGAAAACUCGUGAGUGGGAAUCAACAAAGGCCGAGCUUGAGACUAAGCUUUCCAAUGUCCAUGCCCAGCUUCAAGCAGCCAAGAGUGAAGCUUUUUCAGUUAUAUGUUCUGACCUCGGCCCUAAGCUUGAUGCUGCUGAAAAGAAUGUGGCCCUCAAAGCCAAAGUCCUUUCUAUGUCGGAGGAGCUAGAACUUAGGAUUAUUGAGCGUGAUUUGAGCACCCAAGCAGCAGAAACAGCCAGCAAAUGGCAUUUAGAGAAUAAGAAGGUAGCUAGGCUGGAAGCCGAAUGCCGCAGACUAGCCAUGUCUCAAAAAGCAAGUGCGACAAACGAUCUUAAGUCUUUCUCUGCAUCAUCGGUUUGUGUAGAGUCCUUCGAUGAUAGCCAAUCAGAUUCAUGGGCAUCUGCUCUAAUAACUGAACUUGACCAUUUUAAGAAAGAGAAAUCCUUUGGAAAGAAUCUCAUGAUCUCUUCAGGAGAACUUGAUUUAAUGGAUGAUUUUCUGGAGAUGGAAAGGCUUGCAGCUUUACCAGACGCAGAAAGUGGAAGCUGCAGCCAUGGAGGGGGGCCUGCUCUGGAUCAAAACAGAUCUGAAGUCACUCUCAAAUCUGAGCUUGAAGCCAUGAUUAAUAGAACGGCAGAGCUGGAGGAGGAAUUAGAGAAGAAGGAAGAAGAAAAGGAGAAGCUAGAGAUGGCUCUAAGUCAAUGGCAAAAGCAGCUGGAAAUG